UGGAUAAGAAUAUGUGUUUUUUCAAUUCUUCUUCUCCAUUGGCCUUAAAUGGACAAAACCAAAUCUUGAAAACAGGGGCUAGAGACACAAAGCGACUCGCCAACAAAAAGCCUGUAGAAGUGUGUGAAUUACAUUACUGUAUUCAUACUCAUUCGAUGCGUAUAAAAGUAUUAAUUAAAGUAAAUUCAGAAUCCCAGUGCAUUGUCAUUGCUUCACAACAGUAUAAUUAUUUCUUGAGGUGGCCACCAACUGUUUGAAGAAAUGCCUGAACGAUGGUUUCACUCAUUUUGACACCGACCCAUUUGAGUUUUUCACCUAUUCCAACUCCAAUAGUCAUAAAUUCCCCAAAAAGACUUCAUUGCAGAAGAAAAGCUGCCAUUUUUAAUCUUGUAUUGGGAAAAAAUAUGGGGUCUUUUCAGGUUUUCAAGAAGCUUAGUAAGAAAAGAGUUGGGGAUAGUUCAUAUUGCUUGUGUAGGAAAGGGUUGGGAAGUGAAGGGGAUAUGGAGUUGGAAGAGGAAAUUUUGGCUUUCAUGGAGAUAUCUGAGAACCCAAAUGUUUUUCCAACAAGGAAAGAAUUGGAAAAAGCUGGAAGAGUGGAUUUGGUGGAAGCUAUAAAGAAAAGAGGAGGAUGGUUUUCGUUUGGUUGGGACUCUGAGGAUGAUGACACUAACACUGUGAAUGUUAAUGUUAAUGAGGUUGAGAGUGUGGAAAUGAAUUUUGACAUUGAGGAGUUUCAUGAAAGAGUCAAAAGAUGUCAAGAGAGUGAUUUAUUACAUGAGAAUGAAGCUCAUUUUUCUGGUUCUGGAGAUUCUAGUUCUUCUCAGCCCGCCUCGUCCUCUGGUAGAUCGAUAGAAACUGUAGCAGAGGAAAAUAGCGGGAUCGAAGGGAUAUUGAGUCGAUUAGAAAAAGAGAGGAACUCAUCUCUUGGUAUUGAUCUGGGAAAGCCUGGACAUACUUCUCAUACAUCAAGUAGGGACAACAUAGAUGACAGAAGCUUUGGAACCUCUGAUGCAGACAGGACUGACCUACGGAAAAAUGAAAGCCUGAGUAAAGGUAGCUCCAUGAAAGACAUUCAAAGUGACGAGGAGAUUUACCGUAGCGUUUCACCGGCCAGGUUGAGAAAAUGGAGCAUACAACGUGCAGGCCUUCAGGAUAUAGAUUUUGAAGCUGCUGAGGUUGCUCUGGGUAAAAGUUGGAUUGGAAGUACCAGCGAAGCUUCGGGAGAUGAUGUAGUUAAUAUCACUGCGAGUAGAUUUGAAGCUUUACAAAGAUCAAAAAAUGGCAACAAUAAUGAGAUGAGCACUCGUCUUAAACAUUUAGAGCUUGAGCUAUCCAUGACACUCCGCUCAUUGAAAUCCAAGAGUGAGGAGUUCAGUUCAAAGGAGGUUUUCGGAAGCUCCCCAAGUGAUUCUGAUGCAUGGGAGUUUCAAGAGAAUGAAUUCAUGAAUGCCCGGGAGAGAUUGAGGUUGAUUCGUGCAAAGCUGGCUGUGCUUGAGGGGAAAAUGACUCUUGCAAUGAUUGAUGCGCAGAAGAUGUUAGACGAGAAGCAGAAGAUGAUUGAUAGGUCUAGUAAAGCUUUGCAGCUUCUUCGUACUGCUCGGAUUGUUUGGACCAACUCCGCCUCAGAGGUUCUUCUAGCAGGUUCUUUUGAUGGAUGGACAACUCAGAGAAAGAUGGAAAAAUCGAGCACGGGUGUUUUUUCUGUAAGCCUAAAGCUGUAUCCAGGCAGAUAUGAGAUCAAGUUCGUUGUUGAUGGCAUAUGGAAGAUUGAUCCUUUGAGGCCUAUUGUUCACAGCGAUGGACACGAAAACAAUCUUUUCAUUGUUACGUAAGAGCAUGUCCCUACAAAGUUACUUCCGAAUGUGAAAGAUCAACAGAUUCUUUGUGGUUAAGGGACUUCAAAUUUUACUCUCUUGGAAGCUCUACCAAGCGGCGAUGGUUGCUUCUUGACAAUUAUUUGAUCACUUAGUCUUGGGUUCCAUGUAAAAUUUUGUAGUCCUUUCCACACCUUUCUUUGACUACUAUCCAGUACAGGUUCGUUACCUGGUGAUACAAAGAUGUCUGAGUUAAAACUCGAUCAUCGUUUUAGUAAAAGAAAGUUGAAAUCCUUUGGUACUUUUGGUCUAUCUAUAUAUUCAGUUGGUUUGUUUACAUA